AUGGGACUGCCGCUGACGGAAACGGGACCAGAGCCAGUGUUUGCUCAAAUCUACGUCAUGGGCGAUGUGAUUGAAGCUGAGGCGUCCCACCGGAAAGCUAUGUCGAGGUCAAACGAAAUUCAAGAGGAUGUUAUCAAUGAUAUUUUAGACUUCUUCUAUGAAUUCAAUCCGUAUGCAAUACAAUUCACAAUGUCAAGACAAAUUCUUGAAGAGUCUCAAACGAAAUCAAUCUCUCUGAUGCUGAAAUCUGUUGCGCCAACAGCAACUGGUUCGGAAGGCCAUGAACGUACUGUCGACCUGCUGCUACCGAGGUCGCGAUGA